AUGGCUUUGUAUAAGGGUUCAUAUAUAUUGUAUCAUUUUCAGCAAUUCUACGAUGGUGAGAAAGGUGCCAGACAGAACUUCCGCAACGUGCGUGAGAGAUUUAACUUUAGGCAUUUGUCAUGUAGGAACGUUAUCGAGCGCUCAUUUGGUGUGUGGAAAACUCGAUGGAAAAUACUUGAUCGUAUGCCGAGUUACAAUUUCAAAGUGCAGAUUGCUGUUGUCAUAGCGACGAUGGGUAUACACAACUUUCUUAGACGGGCAGGAGUUGUGGAUGAAGCGUUCACAAGAGCGGAGACGGAUCCUGAUGCGGCGGAGGUAGAACUCCCGGACGAGCAAGAACAAGCUGCUGUCGAAAUUAAUGCUCCAGAAAUGCAACGAAAUGAAUGGGAUCGCUUUCGCGAUUAUUUGGCUCAACGUCAUUAA